ACCCGCGGUACCUUUCUCGCCUGGACCAAGAGGCUGAUGAUGGGUCAAGAACUGUGCACCAACGCCGGUUGCAGCUGCUCCCACGUCGGGGACGGGGACCCCCGCAGAAGGCCGAGAAGCCAGCCUGCCCCCGAGGUCGAGCUCCUGGAGGUAAAAGAGGCGGCAGCGACGACGGCAGCGGCUACUCCAUCGGACUCCCCGCCCUCCCUCCCUUCCCUCCGGCCCCGGACGUGCAGUGGAGACGGACCCCACGGCCCCACUGACCCUUCCCAGGAGCGGGAUCCGGCCCUCGGCUUCCCGGCGGCUAAACACGGGCCCUUGCGUCCAUCACAGCCGAGGCCGGGCCUCCCCUUCGGUGCAGCCUCAUCUUACCUGAACUUGGAGAAGCUGGGCAAGGGCACCUAUGCCACCGUCUACAAAGGCAUCAGCCGGAUCAACGGCCAGCUAGUAGCUCUGAAAGUCAUCAGCAUGAACGCGGAGGAAGGAGUUCCUUUUACCGCCAUCCGGGAAGCUUCCCUCCUGAAGGCUUUAAAACAUGCCAACAUUGUGCUCCUGCAUGACAUUAUCCACACCAAAGAGACUCUGACUUUUGUUUUUGAAUACAUGCACACGGAUCUGGCGCAGUAUAUGUCUCAGCACCCUGGGGGCCUGGAGCCUCACAACGUCAGGCUCUUCAUGUUCCAACUCCUGAGAGGCUUGGCGCACAUCCACAGGCAACACAUCCUUCACCGGGAUCUGAAACCUCAGAAUUUACUCAUCAGUUAUCUCGGAGAGCUGAAGUUGGCUGAUUUCGGUCUCGCUCGGGCCAAGUCCAUCCCCGGCCAGUGGUAUUCGUCCGAGGUGGUCACCCUCUGGUACCGGCCCCCGGACGCCUUGCUGGGAGCCACCGAGUAUUCCUCUGACCUGGACAUCUGGGGUGCAGGCUGCAUCUUCAUUGAAAUGCUCCAAGGCCAACCUGUGUUUCCAGGCGUUUCUGAUACCUUGGAGCAGCUGGAGAAGAUCUGGGCGGUGUUGGGGGUGCCUACGGAGGACACGUGGCCCGGAGUCUCCAAACUGCCCAACUACAAUCCAGAGUGGUUCCUGCUGAGCGAGCCCCAGGGAUUGCAGCUCACCUGGGACAGAUUGGGCCGGACCCCCGGAGCGGAGGAUUUGGCCUCUCGGAUGCUGAAAGGUUUCCCGCCGGCCCGGCUCUCUGCCCAGGAUGCCCUGGGCCACGGCUUCUUCCAGGCCUUGCCAGCCCAGCUCCACCUGCUUCCCGACGCGGAGUCCUUGUUUAGUGUUCCGGGAGUGAGGCUGAAGCCAGAAAUCUGUGACCUUUUCGCUUCCUAUCAGAGAGGUGGUCCCCCUUCCCUGUUCAGCCGAUGCUGGUGAAAAUGCCGGGACCCUUGGGAUCCUUGAAUGUUCUCCCUGAGAGAACUCCAGCCUGGGAGAUGAUGAAUUCCCUCACUGGGACGGGAGGAAGGCAGAUGACUGAGAGGACCCGGGGUCGGAACGGGGAG